AUGAACAGUUCCACUACCCAUCACUCCAAACAUGUCAAAAUACGACGGGACAAGUCUACAUUCACAGUUAGUAUUACUCUAGCUACCGAUGCUCUUGAAGCUAUCCGACUAGCCCAAGUCAAGGUGAAAUCCCCCACCAAGAGGCAGCGCAAUGCAUCAACCCGUCUGAGUCAAAUAGAGCAAUAUAACCAACUAGUUAUGACCGAACAACGGAGAUUACGAUAUACCAAGCGCAUUCAAGGUAUAGAUCUCAGUCCUACAAAACCUUCAAAACAUGUACGAUUCACAAUAUAG